AUGGUCCCUAGCGAACCCCGCACUCUUGAAAAAUUCCGUCCCGCCAUCCAUGAGUUUCCCAGGGUCCUCUUGACAGCACAGAAGCUGCUGAGAGCCAGCCAGGUGCUGAACAUUCCCGUCAUUGCAACCACGCAGAACCGAGCGCGAUUGGGCGAGACGUGCUCGGAGCUGAAGCUGGACCACCCCGAUGGCGUCAAGACCGUCUGUCACCUGGACAAGACCUUGUUCUCUAUGAUGCAUGCCCUCGACUCGCUCAAUGCCCCCGGCCCUCUGUCCUGCAUCAUUGUCGGUAUCGAGAGCCAUGUCUGCAUAACACAGACCACGCUCGAUCUGCUCAGCAACGGCCACAAAGUAUACGUCAUGGCAGAUGGCGUCAGCAGCUGUAACAAGGAGGAAGUUCCCAUUGCCCUGGCCAGGUUGAGGCACGAAGGCGCCGUUGUAACCACGAGCGAGAGCUUCCUGUACGAGUUUGUCGGAGAUGCGAGCAAGCCUGAAUUCAAAGACCUCAUCAAGCUAGUCAAGGAAUCCUCGCAAAACACAAAGGAUACCAUGCAGGCCCUUUGCAAGAUGUAGGUCUGGUCAAUGCUCGGCCUUGAACUUGAAUGCAGUCUGCGCUCAGUAGAAAACGGUCGCGAGAUCCAAUUGCACAUGCAAGCAAAUAGAUGCCUGUAAUUUUACACGUACCAUCUCUUCACACAUUCAUUCUCUACUAG